AAGAAUUAGGGGUUGUGGAGAGAAAAACUAUGUGCUUAACAGAAAUUGGGCCCAACACGCAAACAUAAAUUGAACAAAUAGAGAACGUUGGCGGCGAUGUCCGAGAGGCCGACAACAUCGCCACCAACGAGGAAGAGAAAAAUGGGAGACGUAGAGGAUACCACUCCCAAGAAACCUGCGGCAAAAUGGCCUCUCAUCAAACCCAAAAAGAAUCUUCAGAUUACCCAACUCCGAGAUUUCGAUCUCUUCACGGUCCAGAAUUUUUUCUCCUCUGCUGAAUCGAAGGCAUUCGUUAAAAAUGCUGAGUCAAUUGGUUUUGCUCAUCAAGGGAGUCUAGGUCCUACUUAUGGUGAAGCUUACAGAGAUAAUGAUCGAAUCUCGGUGGAUGAUCCUGUCCUUGCAGAUACUAUUUGGGAGUCUGGACUUAGCAAAAUGUUCUCUGAUAUAAAAAUUCGCGGAAAGGUUGCUGUAGGCCUGAAUCCAAAUAUUAGAUUCUAUAGGUACAAGACUGGUCAGCGGUUUGGACGGCACAUUGACGAAAGUGUUAAUCUUGGAGAUGGAAAACGCACUUAUUAUACUCUUCUAGUGUAUUUGAGCGGUGGACCUAGUGAACUUAAAUCAAAGCCCAAAAUUGAUUCCAGCAAUUCCUCAGUUUCAUCUGUUGAUCCUUUAGUUGGAGGAGAAACAGUAUUUUAUGGUCCAAGAAAUAAGAUUGUGGCUGAGGUGGCUCCUACUGAAGGGACAGCACUUCUUCACCUUCACGGAGAUAAAUGUUUGUUGCAUGAAGCCAGAAAUGUUACCAAGGGUAUCAAGUAUGUGUUUCGUUCAGAUGUAGUAUUUGCUUGAAGAAUGGUUCAUGACUAGUACCACAUAAUCUGAUCAUAAAAUGUGUCUACUAAAGGGUACCAAGAAUUUAGCAAGUUUAAAGUAGUUUGGAGACUUGGAUAUUACCAUGGCUACCACAUCUCUUGCUGAAAUUGCAAUUAUAUCAGCACAAGAAACAGUGCGCGGGCAAGCCGAUUCAAUCUUUGCUUUGGCUUCAUCAAUCACAUAGAACGACCGAACUGAUAUGUUAGGAGGGCCAUCUUUCUCUGCUUGGUUGUUGGCUGUUGAGUCCAUCAAUAUUGAUGCAUCACACCCCUGUCAUUGAACAUCAAUCAAAACACGCAUUUGUACACAUUAGUUACUUUUGAUCAUUCAUCAGUGUGAAUACUCUGUGCACCUGCGUGUGUUUUGUCUUGGGUGAAAGAUCAUACCCUUAUGAAACAAUCAUGGAAGAACAUUCUCAAGACACGAGCUGGAACUUUUGGAUCAUGCUUGGAAGCUUUGAGAACAGUCUCUGAAAUUAAUUUUUCCAAUUGUGGGCAGGUUUGGUCGUAGUAAUGAGCAUGAAGUUCAGCUUUGGAUACUGAAAAUGUUGUCAAAAGGAGGAAAAUGAUUGGAAAAAUGUUUUCUGCUGGCAGAAGGGCCAUAUGAUAGAUCAGAAUUUUUGUAUUUUGAAAAUGAGGCUUGGAUGAGAACCUCAUGAAAGAUGCAUUGCGAUAUUUAUACCAUAGUAGUGUACGAUUUAGCAAAAACAUGCUUAAGUGUGAUUAACUGUACUUCAAAAGUUAGAAUAUUAGCCUAGAAGUACAGAUUUUGACCUGUCUUCUGUUAUGCUUUAUCAAAAAACCUACGCAGAUCUUCUGUUGCUAACAGAAGUACAAACAGAAGGUUUCUAUCGUGUACUUAAUUGUUUAGCUUUGAGUAAGGCCUUAAGGUUGUUUCUUAGGUUUCAUUGCUUGUAAUUAAGAUAAUAUUUUCGUCCAACAUCCUGGUUAGGUUACAUGUUACUUCAUAAGUUGUUCUGUUGGUA